CGGUUAUUGUUCACACCAUUUAUGGUUAACAGUUGGCGAACAACACAUGUUGUUACUUAUUUAAAAAAAAAACCCACAUUAAGUAUUAAUUAGUCAAAUUGUACGAUUCAUUGUAGAAGAUGAAGCCAAACGAGUCUAUAGCUUUUAUCGCUGUAUUAAGUCAGAUCAUGCUGCAGUGCGCACUAUGUGGAAAUGUAAAGAAAGUUUUAGUAGAAGACAAGAAAGUUGACAAUUGGAAUAAAAAGAGACCCGUCAAUAAUGAAUUGAAAAUGGGUAAUGUGGAUAUAGACCGAGUGACUUCUAACAUCAAAGCUCAAGAUCCUAAUAUAAGUUAUAGCAAUAACGGCUUAAAGGAUUUACUCCAAAUUAUUCAAUACGUUGUUGUCGACGUGUUCAAUAACACUGAAUUCCGAACAUUCAUGACCAAGCGGUUCUUACACAAUUACGUUCGGCAAGCUGAUCCUUACUUUCGGAAAAUCAAAAAUGUCACAAAGUUAAUUGAUUCUAAACCAGCAAAAACUGACGCUAAAAUUGAUAUGAAUAUGAAGGUUGCAAGACAUGUAAGGCAUGGAAAGCAUGCAAAUAUUAAUCUAAAUUAAAAGUUGGAAAUUCUAGUAUAAA